UUUUUUUACGACAGCGAACGUUCAGUUUCAUUGGACGGUUUGUGCCGUAAACUGUGACAGUCACAGAACGCAUGGGACUGAAUUGAGACGGCGUGUGAUCAUCUCAAACACACAGAAUGGAGGCUAAAUCCAAAAAACCCUUCUCUCCAAAAAGUGGAAAGACGUUCUCACAGAAAGGAAAGGAUUCCCUAGGGACCAAACUUGGUGGAAAACCAGGCGGAAAGCCAGGUGGUAAAAAGCCCUUUAAAUCACACAACAAUGCAGAGCGCAAGAGCAGACCGGGAAAGGGCGGCGAUGGCAACAAGAAAUUUGCUUUCUCCAAAGAUGGGAAGGGACCACAGAAGAGGAAAUUUUCAUCUUUUAAAGCGAAAAAUAAAGAGGAGGGGGAAGAAGGUCCUGAUGCAAAGAAGAUGAAGAAAGGUGAGUUCAACCCAAAGAGGAAGAUGACAGAGGAGGAGCUGAAGAAGAACAGACAGCAGAGGAAGAAGGACCUGAAGACCAGCAGACAGCAGGCGGAGAGGAAGGACAUGUUCGACAUCAUCUGUAACGCCAAGCGAGUGUGGGGAGAACUCAGGAGGAAGAAUUGUGAAAACGACACCAAGAAGAAACUGAUGAAGGAGCUUCACGAUCUGAUCCGUGGGAAGAUCAAACAGAUGGCGUUUGCUCACGACGCCGUGCGAGUCCUGCAGUGUUUCAUCCAGUUCGGCAGCCACGAGCAGAGAAAGGAAGUGUUUGACGAGCUCAAAGAUGACAUCAUCGGCCUGUGUAAGUCUCAGUACGGCAAAAACAUGGUGAAGAAGCUGCUGAUGUACGGGAACAAGGAGCUGCUGGCAGCUGUGAUGCUCACAUUUAAAGGUCACGUGCGUCAGAUGCUUCGCCACGCCGCCGCCUCGUCCAUCAUCGAGUACGCCUACAACGACAAAGCUGUGCUGGGACAGAGACUCAUGCUCACCGAGGAGCUGUACGGGAACACCUUCAUCGUGUGCAAGUCAUAUGUGUGUAACACCGUCGAUAAGGUCGCCAAGGAGAACCCGGACAAACUGAACAACAUCAUCGAUGAGAUGAAGAAGAGCCUCACCCCCAUGGCUCAGAAAGAACAGGUCAUCAAACACUCUCUAGUCCACAAAGUCUUUCUGGACUUCUUCCACCUCUCUCCUGAAAAACAGAGAACGGAGAUGAUCGAGUCCAUCAGAGAGUCGGUCGUCUACAUGGCUCACACACACGACGGAGCACGAGUGGCAAUGCACUGUCUGUGGCACGGAACAGCAAAGGACAGAAAGGUCAUCAUCAAAACUAUGAAGACGUACAUGGUGAAGUUUGCUACAGGGGAGUUUGGUCACCUUGUUCUUCUGGCUAUAUUCGACUGUGUGGACGACACGAAGCUGGUCAAACAGGCCGUGCUCUCAGAAAUCUUGGCGUCUCUGGACGAGGUCAUCGGUAAUAAAUACGGGAAAAAAGUGUUGUUGUACCUGCUGAGCCCGAGAGACCCGGCUCACCUGCUGCCAGAGAUCAUCAAGGUGCUGGAGCAAGGAGACGGGAACACACACAGUAAAAAAGACUCAGCCAUUCGGAGGAAGGAGCUGAUCGAAGCCGUCUCACCCGCUCUGCUGGAGUAUCUCCGUGACAACGCCGCCACCAUGGUGAUGGACAAGGCGAGUUGCGUCACCGUCAGUGACAUCCUGGCUUCAGCCUGCGGUGACCUGCGGCCUGCCAUGACAUCCGUGUCUCAGCUGGCCAAUCAGGAGUUGGUGCCAGGAGGGAUCAAGGGACAGCUUCACAUGGCCGAGCAUCCUGCAGGACACCUGGUGCUGAAGUGGCUCAUAGAGCAGGACAUGACGCUGGCAGAGGCUGGAAAAGAAGAGCGCUUCGGCAGGAUUCUGGUGGACACAGUGGGAACAGACAAACUGAAGACCUGGAUCAGAGUCAACAGAGGAGCCAUGGUGCUCUGCGGCCUCCUGAACAGCUGUGACAAGUCUGUGUCUGCAGAGGUGAAGGAAGCGCUGGAGUCCAUCAAAUCAGAGCUCAGCAGCAUCAGCAACAACAAGGGAGCUGAAAUCCUGCUGGAGCAUCUGAACAAGUAGACACUUUGAAAACAAACUGUUCGCUGCAUCACUUCUGUGGAGAAGUGGAUAUUUUUUCACUAAACACCUGCAGGUGUUGGAGUAUUUCAAGAAGAGCAUCGAGCCUGAAACUCUGCAAAGCCACCACAUUCAGUGUCUGAUGGAUGUGUAAAAAUGUUGAAUUCUUUCUGGGGUUAAUAAAAAAAAAAGUGUUUUGAGGAAGAAGUGAUGCUUCCAGAGAAACAGUUUAUAGAAAAAGAUGA